AUGACUGAAGGUACUCGUCAAUUAGUCACCGAAUGGAUGCAUCAAGAAAAAUAUGGUCAUAAAGGAGAAACAAAACGAAAAUUUUAUGCUGAUCUUGCUCAUGCAAAAGGUGUUAUAAAAGUAGCAGCAGCUGAUGGAAAAGUAACUGACGAAACACGAAAUUGGGUUACAGGAUAUUUAUCUGCUACAGGUGUACCAGAUGAAGUAUUAGAUUUAGCUGAUAAAUUUAAACCGAAUAUGGAAGAUGGUACAGUUCCAUAUCACUCAAAAAGUGGUCUUGAACAUGCUAAAUAUGGUCAAUUAUGGCUUUUUUAUGAUGGAUUCUGUGCUGCAGCAGCUGGUAAUGAAUUAACACCGGAGAAAAUAACAGCAAUCUAUGCAGCAGCUAAAAAAAUGAUAAUUGAUGAAGAAAAAAUUAAACAGGUUCAAGAAAUCUUUGAAAAAGAACAAAGUUUACGUCAAAGACGUUUAGCACUUUUAUUUCCAACUGGUAUUCAUAACGCUGUUAAAGAAGUUACAAUGGAACAAUAG